AUGGCAGUUAAUUGUUGGGCAAUGGAAUCAGAAUUUGGGUUGGCUGGUGGGUCGGUGUUUGGGUUUGCUGGGUCAUUUUGCAGGCGGUUCUGUAUCAACUCCCGUACUGAACCCCGGGUUCUCUUUACUGCAUCAGAUGAUACUCAUGUGCACAUUUAUGAUUCUGAGGGAAAAGCUCUAAUUACAGCAUUGUCUGGUCAUACAAGCUGGGUACUGAGUGUGGAUGGAGGUCCAGAUGGCUUGGCUAUUGCCACAGGCUCAAGUGAUAAAACUGUAAGACUCUGGGAUCUCAACAUGAGGGCUGCUGUUCAGACAAUGACCAACCAUUCAGAUAAGGUCUGGGGAGUGGCUUUCUGGCCACCAGGAGGGACUGGUGUGCGGUUUGGUCGGCUUGCCAGUGUAUCGGAUGACGAGCAUUUCGCUCUACGAUUACUCUUAAGGCACAGUUUUUUUGCAAUGUGUUGAUUUAGCUGUUGUAACUUACAGAAUUUAUCUAAGGAUUUUUUGUUUUAAUAAACUUUGGUUCUCCGAA